UCGUUUCGAGCGCGGCCGUUGUCCGGGAGCGAGAUGGCGGCGGCGGAGGGAGAAGCGAGCAAUGCGAAUGUGACGGAGGCGAAGGCUGACGAAGGCGAUGGUGCAUUCGCAGAACUGGCCCCAACUAUGGAGACCGAGUCGGCAAAUGCAAAGGAAGCCGCGGAGGCUGCGGGGGAAAGCUCUGAGGCUGUUGACACCCAAGUCGGCUCAGCUGAUGAGGACAGCGGCCGCCAGCUGGGAGGGGUGGAGCUGCAGUGUGCGCUCUGCAUGAAGUGGUUCACUGCUGACACCUUCAGCAUUGACACAUCAACCUGCCUGUCUUUCAUGACCAACUAUGUAUUUCACUGCAACGUGUGUCAUCACAGUGGCAACACUUAUUUCUUAAGAAAACAAGCCAAUCUUAAGGAGAUGUGUCUCACUGCUCUGGCCAAUCUGACGUGGCGGUCCCGGAAUCAGGACGAACACCCAAAGACCAUGUUUUCCAAAGACAAGGACAUCAUACCGUUCAUUGACAAGUACUGGGAAUGCAUGACGACCCGACAGAGACCAGGGAAACUGACUUGGCAGAAUAACAUAGUGAAGACCAUGAGCAAAGAACGUGAUGUCUUUCUGGUAAAAGAGCACCCUGACCCUGGGAGUAAAGAUGCUGAAGAGGACUACCCAAAAUUUGGACUUCUUGAUCAGGAUCUAGCCAACAUCGGUCCUUCGUACGACAAUCAAAAACAAACGACGUCUGUUUCAACAGGAGGCGGAUUGAAUGGUGGAUCGUCUUUCCCAGGUGCACUGGCUCCUGGUGGGACCGGCAAGGGCAGAGGAGCCAAGCGCAAGCAGCAGGACCAGGGCACAGUGGGCACCACCAAGAGGACACGCAGUGAUCCUCUCUUUGCAGCCCAGCGCCUGCCCCCCCAUGGCUACCCUUUGGAGCACCCCUUCAACAAGGAUGGUUACCGCUAUAUUCUGGCUGAGCCGGACCCCCAUGCUCCUGACCCUGAGAAACUCGAGCUGGAUUGCUGGGCAGGGAAGCCCAUCCCUGGGGACCUGUACAGGGCUUGUCUGUAUGAGCGUGUUCUGCUCGCGUUGCAUGACCGAGCCCCCCAGCUGAAGAUCUCUGACGAUCGGCUGACAGUGACUGGGGAGAAAGGCUACUCCAUGGUUCGGGCAUCCCAUGGUGUGAGGAAGGGUUCCUGGUUCUUUGAAGUGUCCAUUGACGACAUGCCCCCAGAUACUGCAUCUCGCCUGGGCUGGUCACAGCCCCUAGGAAACUUGCAGGCUCCUUUGGGCUAUGACAAGUUCAGCUACUCUUGGCGCAGUAAGAAGGGUACCCGCUUCCACCAGUCCAUCGGGAAGCACUACUCGGAUGGCUACGGCCAGGGGGACAUCCUGGGCUUCUUCAUUGAGCUACCGGACCACACAGAGACUGCCAAGGCCCUGCCGGACACCUACAAAGAUAAGGCGCUGAUCAAGUUCAAAAGUUACCUGUAUUUUGAAGAGAAGGACUAUGUGGACAAAGCUGAGAAGAGCCUGAAGACUGUGACCCCCAGCAAGAUGAUUUUUUACAAAAAUGGAGUGAGUCAGGGCGUGGCGUAUGAGAAUCUCUAUGAGGGCCUAUACUUCCCAGCCAUCUCUCUCUACAAGAGCUGCACGGUUUCUGUAAAUUUUGGACCACAGUUUAAGCACCCGCCCCAAGAUGUAAAGUACCAGCCGGUGAGUGACAUGGGCUGGGUGGCAGUGACGGAGCACACGCUUGCCGACAUACUGUACCAUGUGGAGACGGAGGUGGAUGGCCGUCGCAGUCCACCGUGGGAAGGCUAGGUGGACAGAGUGCCCUGAGCGCUGGAACUGAAUCAGUUCAUUUGGACACCAGGACAGCUCGCACAAAAGAGCUCAUACAUGAAAGUUCCACAUUCAGAGUCAGGCGGAGUGUUAUAACUUGUGAUAAGUGUCCCAAAACCGUGCAAAAUGGUUUCAGGCUUCCUGGAACAAUAAAAGACAUAUUCCAUGAAACAUACAUCAUAGGAAAAUGUUACAACUCUAAGGGUGCACAGUGGGCAGGCUACGUUUGGCUUCUCCUCCAGUGUUGACCUCACUUGCUGGAGAGUGCAAUUCUAGCGAGAAGCAGGUCUCCAAGAGCUCUAAAGUCCUUUUUUUCCUGUCUGAAUGGCCAAACACCUGCUUGCUCUGACACAUGGCAACUGAUGAGCUCUCCACCCCAAAAGGAGAGUGCAGCUUCGGGGGCUUCUGCUCCUUCGAGUGCACCGAGACAGAACGUGUCCCCACAGUGUUUCAAACCUUAAAGACUAAGCUGGUGCUCUGUUGUAAUUCCUAUGGGCAGUUAAUUACCAUGUUUCGUGUAAAAUAUGAUUCAUUCUGUUUAUGUAUUUUUUACUAAAAAUGGUUUAAAAUAAAUGUGGUUUAAGUGAAUUAUUGUGGGAUUUGGCUUUGGAUGAGCAGUUUCACAACAUUUGUUUUUGAUUAGGUAAGUCCCUCAUUCCAUCAGUGAUUCCAAUUGCUCAUUUAUAGGAUGUUCAGGAAUGCUGAAUGCUGUCGUCACACUAGUGCUGUCACCUAAAGUGACAUGAUUCAGAAAGAAAGUUGGCAUCUAAUUUUUUCCAUUUCUUAAACAGAAGGAUGUGUAACCUUUCAGCACAUGCGCCAGUGUCCUGCUUUUGC